CUCCACUUCACGGAAUGGACGCGACCGAGACCAGAAAGCGCCUCACUCCUCCUCCUCCGCCACUUCUCCGCCCUUGACUCGUAGGCAACAAUCCAUCGCAGCUUUCUUCCUACAGAGAGAAGAAAACCGACCCCUAAAGUAACCUCCACCAGCCCCAUCUCACUGUUCUUAUCGGGAAGCGGCAUCCUUCGAGAAGACUCGAAUUGUUUUGGGAGUCCUACAUCGGCUUGGUUCUCUUCUCCGUGCGAGCGGUUGAGACCUUCUGAUAUACCCAAACCUCCUUUGCGGGGAGGUCCCCUCUUCCUUCUGGUUUCAUGGUUGCUUCCUCUUCCUUAUGGGUCCUCUUGUAACCGAUCCCUCAAGUCGGAGAUUAUGCUUUUGUAGCAUCUCCCAUGCAGCUGCUUUCCUAUGUUUUGUGUUCAUCCUUGGGACCUCCUUUGUUGUAUUUGAUUAUGAGGAGAAAGUGUCGACUGGGGCAUCAACUGACUUUGUAGGGAUAACUCGAGGCACAUCAGAGAUUGGCCUAUCAAACUUGCAGGCCCGACAAGCUGAUUCAUGGUCUCAUGACACCAAUUUGGGGACCACCGGGUUCAACUCAUGCAAGAGUACAUGCAUAUCUUCGGGAAGUGAACCAUUGCCAAAAGGAAUUGUUUGCCAGACAUCAGACAUGGAAAUGGUGCCUCUAUGGGGUCCUCCAAAUGGAAAGGAAAAUAACAUUUUGCAAAAGAGCUUAUUGGCGAUGCCAGUUGGAAUUAAACAAAAGGAAAUUGUAAAUCAAAUCAUAAUCAAGUUUGCUUCCAGUGACUUCACUAUAAUUCUUUUUCACUACGAUGGUGUUGUUGAUGAAUGGAAAGACUUACAAUGGAGUGGCAGUGCUUUACAUAUUUCUGCAAUCAAUCAAACAAAAUGGUGGUUUGCUAAACGCUUUUUACAUCCAGACAUAGUUGCACCAUACAAGUAUGUCUUCCUAUGGGAUGAGGAUCUUGAAGUGGAAAAUUUUCAUCCUGAAAAAUACUUAACAAUUGUUGAAAGGGAAGGCUUGGAGAUAUCACAGCCUGCACUUGAGCCAGCGAAAUCUAGGAUUCACCAUCAGAUUACUGUUCGUUCAAGGAAAGGAGAUGUACACAGAAGGAUGUACAAGUUCAAUGGUGGCAGCAAAUGUUACCAGAACAGUAGUGCUCCUCCUUGCACUGGGUGGGUAGAACUGAUGGCCCCCGUCUUCUCAAGAGCUGCCUGGCGUUGUGCAUGGCAUAUGAUUCAAAGUGACUUGAUUCAUGCAUGGGGUCUUGAUAUGAAACUUGGUUACUGUGCUCAGGGUGAUCGGAGCAAAAAUGUUGGAGUGGUGGACAGUGAAUACAUAGUUCAUAAGGGAUUGCCUACACUUGGUUGGUUUGAUGAUAAGACGGUAUCUUCUGAAAGACCUGCUGCCAACAACAGAUAUGCGGUGAGGCAGCGAUCUUAUGUUGAAUCAGAGAUCUUCAGGAAAAGAUGGCAGAAGGCUGUAUCAGAAGAUAAUUGCUGGUCCAAUCCAUAUCCUGAACCUAAGACAAACCCUGGACGAUAGUAGUAAACUUUCAACAUAAACUAACUCAAACAAUUAAGUACAAAUUAGUUAACCACACUAUACAGUUCACUGUCAAGCUCGACACAUGGAGAGUUGUCAUCAGCUGCCAAGAUGAAAUCAAUCACAAUAAAAAAAAGUCUCAUGUAAAGUGGCCAUCUGUUUCAGAGUCAUAGCAACAAAUGUAUAGCUCAAUUCUCUAAUAAUGUUUUCAAUUCUUUGUCAAUGAUAAUAGAUUAUAGAUGUAUGUUUUUUAUUCUUUCAUUUAACAUGACUGGCCUGUAAUUUCUAUUUUAUAGUCAGUCUGAGCUGCCUCAUCACUUUUA